AUGGAGAACAGGACUAACUUGGGUGUGAGCUGCUGCUCCAUAUCACCCAUCCCGCUGGCCUACGAAGAGAACAAACGGAAGAUCAUCGAGAGUAUAAAAAGAUGCAAAGAGCUAAAGUGCACAGUUCGAGUCGGUGGUGAAUUGGAACUUUGCGGGGUGAGUUGCAGAGACAGCUUCAAAGAGGUUGAGGAUAUGCACGAAAAUUGUUGGUACUAUUUAAGCGAACUGAUGAAGGAAAAAUGUGCCGAUGGACCCCUCAUGUACAGCAUCCUGUGUUUUGUUAGCAUGCCCGUGUAUUUUAAAAAGAAGUUCUACAACUGCCAAGUGGUUAUCUAUAGGAAUCAAAUUAUUUUACUCUCCCCAAAGGAGUGCCUCAGUGAUGAGGAGAGGAAGUACUUCGCUCCUUGGUCAGCCUUGGGAAAAGAGGGUACUGAGCAGGGGGUCGAAGAUGCUGCAGACACAGACACUGCAGAAGGGACCGCUCCCAUCGGUCAUUCGUCAAGGCACAUCCAGUUUAAUAACAACAGCAUCCAGGUUCUGGGCAACAGUCUGCAAAGGUAUAUACUUCCUAAGUGUGUCCAGGAUAUAACAAAUCAGACAGAGACCUAUAUUGGAAGGGCACUAAUACAGUUAGGUGAUUUAUCUAUUGGGCAUAUUUUUUUGGAUGACUUGAUUCAAGUGGAGAGAGGCAUAAUGGUGGAUGAUCGAGUGGAGCAUUUUAACCGUCACGGCUCAGCGGAGUCGAUAGGGAGUGUUGACACAAGUAACUGCUCCAGCGAUGAGAGCGCCACCGGGGAGACCCACCGCCUUUUUCAGCAGGAUCCAGUAAAGCUGAGUUUGCGCGAAGGACAUGCCAACAUGCUGCUGAGCCAAGUGGAUGUCCUCUUGGUGAGUGGCCACGUCCCCAACGAGUUGCAAUUGUUUAAGAAGUACUUCAUGCAUAUGAUGGAGUUAACAAAAUUGUAUCCCCAUAUGGUCCUCAGUUAUAAUAGCAACUCUGGGUGUGAUAAUUAUUUUUUCAAAUACGAUGGAUUCUCUUUCGUCAGUCAGAAAAACCAAGUGUUGACUAAGAACGCCAGGUUUACCUUCGAUGAGGUGCAGGUUGCAUCCGUGAGCGUAUCUCUACGGAGAGAUUUACACGCACAGGGUGGAAGUAAAAUGGACCUACCCAUGAUCAAAAUGGAGAAGUAUCAAAAAGUUGUGGACAGUAAAACAAGUGCAUAUAGUGGCCACGACGAGGAGUGCAUUUUUUCAUACAAUAAAGAAAUUGAGCUGUUUGUAAAAUAUUCCAAGGAGGUCAUUUGGAGUAACUUACCACACAACUUUAACUGGCAGAUGUACACAAAGAAUAAUGCAUUGAUGUCAACUUUGAUGAGAAAAUAUCACCCGAGUCCUGAGGAUUAUAAAUACCAGUUUUCUAACCAAACGUAUGCCCUGCAUAAUGUAUAUGAAGAACUGUGUUUUAAUGGUGCCAUAUACUUGUGGCACGUUUUACACCUGACCAAUGCAAAGGGAUUUAUGUUGGCCUUGUCUGGGGGAGUCGAUUCUGGGUUGAACGCGUGCAUAGUUUACCUUCUCUCCAUAAUGAUUGAAAUGGGAAUGAAGGAGAGGGGUAUUACCGCUUCAUGGGGAGGUUCCGCGGAUAAUUGCCUGGAUCGUUUCAAUACUGAGCAGUUCUUCCUAAAGUUGAAGCGUCUGUUAAUAGAUACGCCUUGUCGAAAGGUUAUAUGUAAUAAGCUGCUGAACACCCUAUCUCUUCCCUCCAAGAACAGUAGCGAAAAUACGAGAUCCUACGCAGAGCAGUUGAGUAGGGCUAUAAAUUCAUACCACACGGUGUACUGUAUAGAUGACUUGUUUGAUUUUUUUAAAAGUGCGGGGAAGAACAUAAUUGGGGAAGAAAUGAAAUUUAGAAGCCAAGGAGGAUGCAACUACGAGGAUCUAUGUCUACAGAAUAUACAGUCCAGGUCGCGACUUCUAAUGGCUUAUUUCUUCUCCCCCCUUAUAUGCCACAAGAGAUAUUCCCCCCUGAAUUUACACAAUGAAUUUCUACUUACCAUAGCUACUGGUAAUUUGGACGAAACGAUAACUGGAUAUUACACCAAGUAUGACUGCUCAUCAGGGGAUAUCAACGUGAUUGGAAAUGUUAGUAAAAUUCUCAUCAAGGAGACCAUGUGUUUGUUGGCUAACGACCCGAUGUACGAUCUAUCCGUCUGCAAUUCCAUGAAUCAGUUCCACCCGUCGGCUGAGUUAAAGCCUUUGGAUAAUACUCAGACGGAUGAAGAUGAUCUCAAUUUGAAGUACCUGGAGAUUAAGCUGUUGACUAUAUUGAAAAAUAAUUUUUUCUUGGGUCCUUCCUCUAUGCUGCAUUACUUGUCCAGAUACUUCUGGUCCAGGGAGUUAAUGAGUAAAGCUCAACUGUUGGAAAAAGUGAAGACCUUCUUCUGUAGAAAUUUGCAGAAUAUACACAAGGUACUUAUCCUUCCUCCGGCACUCAUGGGAGAAGCGUGCGGAUUGCACCUCUCCAACUUAGUUAACUUCGCGCGCGUGAAUGUUGAUCAGCUGAGGAGAGCCGCAGGGGAGGAUGGGGUCUCGAAGACGUAG